UCGUUUUGACUCCUACUUCAAAACGUACAACACAAAAAAAAACAUUGAGUUAAACCCUCUUUUCCGAUGAGAGACUCGUCAACAACAGCAUCCACCAAAUCAUCACCGUUAUGGAAACCCUUUGCCUCAAACUGCUGCUCGGUCGAUGACCAAACCGUCUUCGGCAAUCUCAGCCGUUGCCGACCUUCGAGAUCAGAGUUCUCUAAGAACCAUCUCGGACCACUUCCUUCCUUCCGGCGACUCUCUUUCGCUGAUCUAAGCCGUUCUUCAUCGGCUAGGAUCAACGAAGAUCUUGCACAGACUCUCGGAGCCGAUUUAGUGGAUUUUCAAAUGUGUGAACUCAAGAUGAUCACUCAGAGUUUCUCCGCGAACUAUCUUCUUGGAGAAGGUGGGUUCGGUAAAGUGUAUAAAGGUUAUAUGGAUGAAAAUCUCCGACAAAGCCUAAAGGCUCAGCCGGUUGCUGUCAAGUUAUUGGACAUUGAAGGACUUCAAGGACAUCGUGAAUGGCUUUCUGAAGUCAUACUUCUUGGACAAUUAAAGCACCCGAAUUUAGUCAAACUCAUAGGAUACUGCUGCGAGGAGGAGGAACGAGUCCUCAUCUACGAGUUCAUGCCACGUGGUAGCCUAGAAAAUCACCUCUUCAAACGGAUUUCACUAUCACUACCGUGGGCGACGAGGCUGAAGAUCGCUGUCGCAGCCGCUAAGGGUUUGGCGUUUUUGCAUGAUUUGGAGAGUCCAAUCAUUUAUCGCGAUUUCAAGACUUCUAAUAUCCUACUUGAUUCGGAUUUUACGGCGAAGUUAUCAGAUUUUGGUUUGGCGAAAAUGGGACCAGAAGGAUCCAAAUCUCAUGUCACAACUCGAGUCAUGGGCACUUAUGGUUAUGCUGCUCCUGAAUAUGUUUCAACAGGGCAUUUAACGACAAAGAGUGAUGUGUACAGUUACGGUGUAGUUUUACUCGAGCUCCUAACAGGAAGAAGAGCCACCGAAAAGUCAAGACCAAAAAACCAACAGAACAUCAUCGACUGGUCAAAGCCUUACCUAACGAGCAGCCGCCGUCUCCGAUGCGUUAUGGACCCGAGGCUCGCGGGACAAUACUCAGUCAAGGCGGCUAAAGAUACGGCUCUUCUUGCAUUACAAUGUGUGAGCCCUAACCCUAAAGACAGGCCCAAGAUGCUUGCCGUUGUGGAAACUCUAGAGAGUCUCAUACAUCACAAGGACAUGGCGGUUUCUUCUGGUCAUUGGCCUUUGUCUCCUAAAUCUCAUGGAGGGAAGGUUUCGCCGAAGGUUCGAGGGGAUAGGGAUAACCGGAGUGGUAGGAAAUCAGCUCCGGGUUCGUUAAGAUCUUGAACUUAGGGUUUAAUGACCCUAAAGAAACAAAUAACAUGUCGUGUGUGUGUGUUGUGUGCAUAUUAUAUAUGGUCAUACGUAUAUCAAAGUGUGACAUAAUCAAUGAGAGUACUAUGACUUCCAUUAAGAACGAUGCAAUUAAAUAUAAAUGUAAUCGAUUUGUGAUCCCACAGGUUUUAUAUAAAAAUAUUGAAUCAAA